AUUUACAGUGUCACAUUGGUGGAAAUUAUGGAGAAGAGAAACACCAGCUCAGACUUCAUUCUCCUAGGACUCUUUAAGCACACAAGAACCCACCUUGCUCUCUUUGCAAUGGUGCUGACAAUGGCUAUUGCUUCUCUCCUGGGCAACACCCUCAUGCUUCUCCUGAUUCACCAGGACCACCGGCUCCACACGCCCAUGUACUUCCUACUGAGCCAACUCUCCCUCAUGGACGUGAUGCUGGUCUCCACCACUGUGCCCAGAAUGGCUGAUGGCUUUCUGACAGGCAAGAAGUCCAUCUCCCCCACUGGCUGUGGGUUGCAGAUCUUCUUCUUCCUCACCCUGGGUGGUGGAGAGUGCUUCCUCUUAGCAGCCAUGUCCUACGACCGCUAUGUGGCCAUUUGCCACCCACUGCGAUAUCCCGUCCUCAUGAGCCGGCAGGUGUGCCUGAGAAUGACUUUGGGGUCUUGGUCCCUGGGGGCAGCUGAUGGGCUCAUGCAGGCUAUCACUACCCUGAGCUUCCCGUACUGCAGCGCACAUGAGAUCGAUCAUUUCUUCUGCGAGGCUCCCGUGCUGGUGCGUUUGGCUUGUGCUGAUACGUCUGUCUUUGAGUAUGUCAUGUACAUCUGCUGUGUGCUGAUGCUCCUGGUCCCCUUCUCCCUCAUCCUGACCUCCUACAGUCUCAUCCUCGCUGCUGUUCUCCGCAUGCGCUCCACAGAAGCCCUCAGGAAGGCCUUCGCCACCUGCUCUUCACAUUUUGCUGUGGUGGGACUCUUUUAUGGAGCUGCCAUUUUUAUCUACAUGAAACCUAAAUCCUACAGGUCAGCUGCUCAUGAUAAGGUGGUGUCAUCCUUCUAUACCGUCUUCACCCCUAUGCUGAACCCCCUCAUCUACAGUCUGAGGAACAGCGAGGUAAAGGGUGCAGUGAGAAAGUGUGUGGGUCAGUGCAUGGCCUUAAAUCAUGAAUAG